AUGGAUCGAACGUACGACUUCAUCGUUGUGGGCGGAGGAGCCUCUGGGUGCGUAGUCGCCGCCCGACUCGCACGAUCUGCAACCAAGCCUUCAGUACUUCUGUUGGAAGCUGGAGGAACAAAUGACGGGGUUGAUCAUAUGUCUGGCGCCGAACGUUUUGAUGUUGCUUUCAAACCCGGAUCGAAACUCAAUUGGGGAUACAAGACGACUCCUCAAUUUGGACGAAAGACCGACUACUCACGUGGCAAAGGGCUUGGAGGGAGUACAGCAAUCAAUUUCUGUGGUUGGGUUGUAGGCGCCGACGAGGACUACAACGAAUGGGGCCGGCUCGUCGACCAUGACUCCUUUGCUUGGCCUCACGUUAAAGACUGUCUGAAGCGGAUCGAAAGACUGCAUCCCGAAGUACCUGCAGGCUUCGAUCAUCAUAUUCAUCCACAUAUAGAAGAACAUGGCGUCGACGGCGUCAUCGACGUUGCUUAUGGCAAUGAAUGGCUGCAAUCCACGAAAGAUGUCUUCAAAGCAGCCGAGCAGUCAGGAAUGCCCUUAAAUGCCGACGUGAACUCGGGCAAUCCUAUUGGGAUGGGAAUCAGUACUGCUUGCAUCUAUCAAGGAAGAAGAAUAACAGCAUCAAGUGCCUACCUGCAUGGCUGCCCAAAUCUUACCGUACGGACAGACUCUCUGGUACGCCGCGUCUUGUUUGAAGGCAAUGUGGCAAUCGGUGUUGAGACCAUGGACAAUCAGAAGUUCACAGCCACCCGCGAGAUUGUACUCUCAGGAGGUGCGAUCAACACACCUCAGCUCCUUUUGCUAUCCGGCAUUGGCCCACCAGAGGAGCUGAGGGAACAUGGCGUCAAUAUAGUGUACGACCUGCCGCACGUCGGACGAAAUUUACAGGAUCACUGCUUUUCCAGCGCUGGUAUCGUUCUGAAGAAAGGAAAUGGCCACUUGGCUGAAAAGAAGCAAAGCCCGUCGCCCAUGGGAUGGUUCAAACUGAAAACUCUGGACCGCUCCCCAGAACUGGAAAAUCUGCCAGAGGACAUGAGGAAAUAUCUGGCGAAAUCGACAGUCCCGCAUUGGGAGCUGGCUACUAAUACACCAUUCUUUGAUGGUGAAAGUGUUCAACCUGACGAAGAAGUGUUUUCGGCAAUAUGUCUUGUCAUGAACCCACAGUCGAGAGGCAAGAUUUCGCUGGUCUCAUCAGAUCCUUUGGUGGCACCGCAAAUCGACCCAGCGUUCUUGUCGCAUCCAUUCGACAAAAAAAUCAUAACGGAGGCCAUGCGAGAAAUGCUUAGGUACUUUUCGGCCCCAGUCUUUCGAGAAAGAACAGUCAGAGGGCUGGGUUGGCCUAAGGUUGAUACGGACGAAGCAAUUCUGAAUCAAUGCAAGGCACAUCUACAGAGUUCCUGGCACGCGUGUGGCACAGCAAGAAUGGGACGGGAUGAGAAGGAUGCAUGCGUGGAUUCAAAUUUCAAGGUUUUCGGAUUCAGUAACCUACGUGUAGCCGACAUGAGCGUCUGUCCGCUGAUUCCGAACAAUCACACGCAAACCACGGCCUACGUGAUUGGAGAGAUUGCGGCCGAGAAGCUCAUCGCUGAGUAUCGCCUCGAUCGGAUGGGGACGCUGUGA